CGAGGUUUUAAUUACAAUUUAUAUAUCGAUUCCGAUCAGUGCAGCUCGCGAGUGCAUAUCGAGUGAUUACUUGAUUGAUUUACCCCGAUAUCUGUAGAUAAAAUGUACUUGAUAUGAAUACGGUGGCAUAUGGUGUGUGAAAAUUCUAAGAAACGCUCAUGUAACAAGUGAAACGUCUGCAAAGUGAUCUAUAUUUGAGGAAUACCUAAUAAAAUAAAGGGUUCUUAAAUUGAAACUUGAGCUCAGCCAACUCCCAAAAGGGAUAUAAAAAAAACAACAGAAGCAAACGCAGAGGCUAAUUGAGGAGGGGAAAAAACUGUGAUAAACAAAAGGAGAAACGAAAAGGGUUACAGCGGGAAAAUAUACAAUUUUAAUAAAACUAAAACCCGAAGCAAAUUAAAAAGCAGGCGACGCCAAAUGCGGCACUAAAAGUAAUUAGCGACAGGAGCUGCAGGACACGGCGCAGUGCAGAAGCAAAACAGAGUUGUAAUAAAUGAUGUUGCAAUCCCUGAAUCUGCAGGCGGAUAAACUGAGUGGCAUUUCUGCAGCAGCAACACCAACAGCAACAGCAGCAGCAACUGCAACAGCAACAGCAACAGCAGUAGCAACAUUAGAGACGACUAGCGACCCGGGAGGAGCUACAACAAUGCUAACAACGGCACCUGUUGCCCAUGUUGCUAAUGGCAACAACAGCAAUUCCAACAGCAGCACCAACAGCAACAAUAGUCCUUUUAGCAAUAACAAUUUAAGUAGCACCAGCAGCAGCAACAAUAGCCAGCAGCAGCAGCAGCAACUUCAGUACGAGUAUUUAGAGAAUCUAACGAGCUCGGCGGCAACUUCAGGUGCCAUUGCAGCGACCACUACCUUCACAGGCGCUGCAAAAAGUUUUCAUCCAUAUUUGCGGCCCAACAGCAGCAACGGCAAUAGCAACAGCAACAGCAACACCAGCAGCAACAUCGCAGCAUUAUCUGCAACAGCAGCAGCCGUAGCGGCAAAAAUGUCGACAACAUUGUUUGAAACACUUUUGCACAACCAAAUAAAUUCCAGCCCCACCGCGCCACCAGCAAUUGCUGCAACAGCAGCGGCAGCAGCAGCACCAACACCCGGCACCGCAGCAACCGCAACAGCAGCAGCAGCAGCAGCGGGAGCAGCAGGAACUGCCGCAGCAGCGACGUCGAAUUCCAGCAUUAAUUCCAGAACUUCAUUAGGCGAACAACCCGCAGUUGCAGCUCCUCCUCCCAAUUGUGACAACAGCCCAUGGACGACUCUCCAUCAAAUCCGAACUGGUGGUCAUGGAACAAACAGUCCGGAUCCAGGCAAGGAUCAGCCGGAUGCGGACAAUAUCAAGAUGUUUGUUGGCCAAAUACCCAAGACCUGGGAUGAGCCCCGUCUAAGGCAGAUGUUCGAGCAGUUUGGACCCGUUCACACGCUGAAUGUCCUGCGGGACAAGGUCACAUCGAUUAGCCGAGGGUGCUGUUUUGUCACCUACUAUACAAGAAAGGCCGCCCUGCUCGCCCAGGAUGCGUUGCACAACAUCAAGACCUUGGAUGGGAUGCACCAUCCCAUUCAGAUGAAGCCGGCGGAUAGUGAGAAUCGAAAUGAGCGGAAACUCUUCGUCGGCAUGUUGAACAAAAAGUACACCGAGGCCGAUGUGAGGCAACUCUUCACUGGCCAUGGAACCAUCGAGGAGUGCACCGUGCUCCGGGAUCAGGCAGGUCAGAGCAAGGGCUGUGCCUUCGUCACAUUCGCUACCAAACAGAAUGCCAUUGGGGCUAUCAAGGCCCUCCACCAAAGUCAGACCAUGGAGGGUUGUUCAGCCCCGUUGGUGGUCAAGUUCGCGGACACACAAAAGGAGAAAGACCAAAAGAAAAUGCAGCAGCUUCAUGCUUUUUGUGGCAUCAAUGCACUGACAGGACCCACGGCUAGCGGCGCUUCUGCUGCAGCUGCCACGCCCACUGCUAAUGCGGCCACCGCCCUGAUAGCCACAACACCUUCGGCGGCACGACCAAAUCCAUCGAUGGCCGCCGCUUUGGCAGCAGUACCUCCAGUUCAGCAGGCAGGAGCAUCGGCCCAAGCGGCUCUCGUUCAGGUGCCCUCCUCCGCCGCCCUUAAUGCAUCCUUGGCACCCGCCCUCCUGGCCAGUAAUCCGCAUCAAGGAGCUGCAGCAGCGGCGGCAGCAGCGGCCGCUUAUUUGGGAACAGAUCCAGCGACGGCGGCGCACCUGCAAUUGUAUCAGCAACUUCACGGAUACGGACUGAGUCCGGCACACUAUAUGCCAGGACUAAAUUUCCACCACCCAUCGGAUAACAGUGCCCACCACAGCCAGCACCCACAGUCACAGCCACAGCCUCAGUCACACCCAUCAGGUGGCGCCGCCGGGAGCGCCGCAUCCGCAGCAGCCGCAUCUCUAUCGGCUGCCGUCGCCGCAGCAGCAGCAGCAGCAGCAGCACCUCACCCACUUGGCGGCAGCGGCGGCGGCGGCCCAUCAUCAUCCGCACCACCCACAGGCAGCAGCGGCGGCGGCGGCGGCGGCAGCGGCAGCAGCGGCAUCGGGAUCCCUGCCGCCGGGCAUGCUCCUGGCACUGGACUGCUCGCCGCUCCAUCCCUGUCUAUGCAGAAUCUGGUAGCCCUGCUAGCCACACCCACCGCCCACAGCCACGCCCAUGCCCACGCCCACGCCCACCAUCCGCUGACCGCCAUCGCCCAUCACAGCCAGAGUAGCCAGAGCAGCAGCAGCGGGACAAGCAGCCUGCACCACCAGCGUCUGGCCUAUGCCGCCGCCCAACAACAUCAGCAGCCACCCCCAUCGACGGCGGCCUUCAACAUGUCGCAGCUGAUGGCCACGCCCACCCAGCAGGUGGGCGGAGGUCAGCCGCUGACCUUGAACGCGCUGUGGCCCCCCAGUGCCGCUGAUCCUUAUACCCCCUCCCUGAGUGGUCUGACUAAUGGAGCCGCCGCCUAUGGAGCCGCCCAGCCCCUGACUGCCAGCGCCCUUCAAGCGGCAGCAGCGGGUGUGGCAGGCAAACAAAUUGAGGGUCCCGAUGGCAGCAACCUCUUCAUUUAUCACCUACCUCAGGAGUUCAUUGACACGGAUCUCGCAUCGACAUUUCUGCCCUUUGGCAAUGUCCUGUCGGCCAAGGUGUUCAUCGAUAAGCAGACCAACCUGUCCAAGUGCUUCGGCUUCGUCUCCUACGACAAUCCGCACUCGGCCAAUGCGGCCAUACAGGCGAUGCAUGGCUUUCAGAUCGGCACCAAGCGCCUGAAGGUCCAACUGAAACGUUCCAAGGAUGCGGCCAAGCCGUACUAGCCGCUAAGGUGGCCCAAAGGGGAGUGGCCUAGGUCCCACAGUCACAAAUAAUUCACAAAAUAGACCAUGGAUGAAACUAGCUUAAACAAAUUGUGCCUUUAUUUUAGCAGCAAACGUUCUGAAACCAAAGGACCAAUUACAAAAAAACUUGUAUCUGAUAAGUAAAUAGAAACCUAAUGCAAAAUAGAAAUCAAAAGAAGGCUUACAAGUAAAGUUCUCGAGUGCACAACAAAAAUGAACCCUUAACCAAAGAAGUAGCUUAAAAGUUGCAUCCUUGUUGUAAUCACAUUUGCUGAAACCACCAACCAUCAACCAUUUUUCAUCAAGUCCUAAUCUAAACUAAUCAACGUGGUCGGCAAACAAAUCCUAAACAAGAAAAAACCAAAAUAAAAUCCAGAAAUUUUGAAGCUGCCGUGUGUGUGUGGCGCCAAAGUAUUUAUCAAAGCCAAAUAGUUAAGCAAGCAAAUAAACAAUAAUAAAAUAAAAAGGGAAACAAAAAAGGAACACAACAAAAUGUAGACGAAAAUAGAAAUUUAUAUAUUUUGCACACACGAAACAAUUUAGAGAAUUAAUAUUUAGUUAAGUGAUAAGGUAAUAAAUAUAAAUACAAAACAAACAAAAAACAUUCGAAAUUCCGUUCGUAGUGAGAGAAACAUUCAAAGGGUUAGCUAAAAAUAAAAGAAAACUAAUUAAAACAGGUAGAAACACCUGCAAAAGAACACCUAAGAUGCGAAAUAUCGUAAAAAUGUAACUAGUAGUUUUUAGCUAAAUCAAUAUGAAGCUUAUUUUAAAAGUCACAAAAGAGAAUGUUAACUCUGGCAUCGCUUCUUUAUCCUUACAUCAAAUCUAUCUAUUUUAUAUAGUCAUUAAUAGUUUUAAACUAUAUAUUCUAUCCAAACUUAACAGCAAUUUGAUUUCAAAGCAAAAAACCACACAUUUUAUCAAACUUUGUACUUAAUUUGCACUUGAUGUCAUGGAAUGGAAUAAAAGUCAAACAAAUUUAAAAUGUAAACCAUUUAGUAUGUAUUUUAAAAUAACAUUUUAUUGAGCGGUGUGUAAGAAAUUGAAGACAAUGAAUCGGUUUCACAUAUUUACAAAUAAAAUAUUAAAUAUUUUUAAAAAU